GGCCGGGGCAGGUGAGGGCGGGCGGGGAGAGGCGGCCCCGCUGCCCCCUCUAUCCCCCGGCUGAUGCGGCGGCGGCGGCGGCGGCUGCUCCUCCUGGAUCCGGGGCUCCGCUCCCGACCCCCGGCGGCAGCGCGGGAGGGGCCGCUCAGGAAGACUCUGUUCCUGUCACCACUCCGCUGUUCCACUGCUCCGUGCCUGGGGGUGAACGGGUGAAGCAAACCUAGAGAGAGACUUCACUCACCUUUUAAUGAAGGUCAAAAAACAGGUUAAACUUGUCAGUGAUUAAUCUCUUUGUUUUACUGCCAUUAAACUUACUCUUGAAAUCCUGGGCCGAGAACUUCUCUGCCAAACCUCACUGGUGAGGGCAUUGUUUGUGUGAAUGUUCCAGUGGCAGAGGAUGCUGUUACUCCUGGGUGUAACAGAAUUAAGCAGUGCCACGGCUGCCUACCCAGCAGACCUGCUCCCGAGAGCCAGAGGGAUGGUGGUAGUUACGGGGCAGAACAAAGUGAGUGGAAACCCGGAUGAUGCCAUGUCGAGCUCGGAUGCAGAGGAUGAUUUCCAAGAGCCGGCCACUCCUACUGCAACCCAGGCAGGACAAGCUCUACCUCUACUGCCCCAGCAGUUCCCAGAAGUUGUCCCCCUGAACGUGGGCGGGAUGUACUUCACGACCAGGCUGUCCACCCUGAGGCGGUACGAGGACACCAUGCUGGCAGCCAUGUUCAGCGGCAGGCACUACAUCCCCACGGAUGCUGAGGGCAGGUACUUCAUCGACAGAGAUGGAACCUACUUCGGAGAUAUACUUAACUUUCUGCGCUCUGGUGACCUGCCACCGAGAGAUCGAGUGAGGUCAGUUUACAAGGAAGCUCAGUAUUAUUCCAUAGGACCCUUGCUAGACAAUCUAGAGGAUAUCCAGCCCCUGAAAGGAGAAAAAGUUAGACAAGCUUUCCUGGGCCUAAUGCCGUAUUACAAAGAUCACUUGGAGCGGAUCAUCGAAAUAGCCAAGCUCAGAGCUAUGCAGAGGAAAGCAAGGUUUGCCAAACUGAAGGUCUGUGUCUUCAAAGAGGAGAUGCCCAUCACCCCCUACGAGUGCCCCCACUUCAACUCCCUGCGUUUCGAGCGGAGCGAGAGCGAGACCAAGCUGUUCGAGCACCACUGCGAGGUGGACGUGUCCUUCGGCCCCUGGGAGGCCGUGGCCGACGUGUACGACCUGCUGCACUGCAUCGUCACAGACCUGUCCGACAGGGGCAUCACGGUGGACCACCAGUGCAUCGGCGUGUGCGACAAACACCUCAUCAACCACUACUACUGCAAGAGGCCCAUCUAUGAGUUCAAGAUCACCUGGUGAAGCAGAGGAGUUGUGCAGGAGGAUGGCAGGGGAGUAGGAUCUAAUCACUGCUUUAUGUAACAUUAUUGACUUUUCUUGGCGUGUAGCAUAACUUUUGAAAUUCCUCAUUUGCAACAGACAUGUGAGUAGCUCAUCUACUAAAUCCACGUUUACCAGGGUUGAUGAUUUUGUAUAUCAUGGAUGGUUUAGAAUUGUCUAAUUAAACUAAAUGCCUAUGGAAUAACUGCUUUUUCUUUUUUCCCCUUUUAAGGCUUUUCUUUAUAUCUGGCCAGGCCAGAGCUUUGCUAGAACAUAUUUACCUAUUUCUCCGUGUUUCUCUUGGCUUUUUUGACACUUUAGCAUCUACAAAGCUACUUUUCCAUCUCUCAAAUCCCUGUGUUUGUGAGCUGACACUGGAAACAAAUUGGGCACAGCAAAUAGUCUCGUGUCAUCAACAUAACCUUGCUGUGAAUAUCGUAUUUGCAGAUCAUUAAAAGUGCAUGUCCAUGUAGCUGAUUCAGUUUGAAGCACAGACAUUUUUUUAUGUCAUGUUCUGAGACUGGAUACAGGCCCUUUUUCCAUUUUUGGUUCCAAGUUGAUUCACAGGAACACACAUAUUACAAUCAUCUUUCCCCCCCCCCCCCAAAAAAAAAAAGUCUUAAAUAUUUUCAAAGCCCAGAUCACACACCUGGAUUGCAGUGAUUAUUCUGCUUUUAUGAAUACUGGUGGGACAGCUGAGGGAUACUUAUUUGAAAUCAGAAUUGUUAGCUAUUUUUUAACAUUUCUGUGUGUAUGAACAGAAACAUGACAAGACUAAUCUUUUUAACAUUCCCUCUGGAACAUUUAACAUUCCCUCUGGAAUUCAUUGUGUGGUGGUUUUUAGCAGGGAGCAAAGAGAGGUCUAAUUGUCAGGUCUCAAAUGACUUGGGCAAUUCCACUGCACAUUCAGUAUUUCUGCAUCUGUUUUACACUUGUAAAAUAGGAAGGGAAAAAAGAAAAAUUUAAAAAAAAAAUGGGGGAAAUAACUCAUCUUUCUGAAUCACUUAAAAUGACUUGAAAAUGUAUUUGUGCUCAGCAGCCACUUAAUGACUGUUCAUAUCAAGAGCUUAAAAAUAUAUAUAAAAAUAACCUUUGAGCUUGGUGUGGGCUUCUUAACUUGAACACCCAGUCCCCUACAAAGGGAUCUGAAAUACUCUUUACUCCUUCCACCCUCCUUGGAGGGCAGUGAAGGUGCUGCCAGCUUUGAUCUGGGAAGCCUUUGAGCCAUAAACAGACUCUCUGUGGUCCUCGUGGGGCACGUUUUCUUCUGAGACUGCUGCAUUUUUAUUUUGAUUUCAAAGCUUAUUUUAACCAAAACCUGUAACGAGGGAUCAGCUUCUGCACUGAUGAGGGUGUGGGUUCUUUGGUUUGUUUGGGAGCACUUCAGGUCUUAGUUACCCGAGUAACAAAAGCAGUGAGUUAUUGCAGUAGGAAGUUCUGCAUGACCCCCUUUUUAAUGGAUUUUUUUUUUUUUUAAUUUUUUAGGAAGUCUGCCUGGGAGACACCUUAUGAUGUAAUAUAUGCAAAUACCCGAACUUGUUAAUGUGAAUAUUUUUGAGAUUUUGUGGUUCAGUUUUGUAAUAUUCUCCCCUGAAACUGGCAAGGGUGUUAAGGGUUGAGUUAAACUCUGGGUUUCUGAUAAGCCAGCUUAUGCCUUAGAUAUCUCCUGCCCUCAUUUUGGAAAAUCCCUCAUCCCAAAGGCGUUUGAUGUAGGAAAGAGUCAAGGCUGUUACAGUUACAGGAAAACCAGGAAUCUUCCUUCAUUCUCAGCAGUGAGUCACUAAGAGAAUCAGGGCUUGUUAAUCCACUCACACUCUCCGUUCUUUGCUCUGGUGGUCUCAGGGCUGGGCCUGGCCUUGAAGGCAAAACUCAAACACUUCUGUUACGAGAAGGGAGCUGAUCUGCACAAGCACCUAAUCUGGCCUUUGCUGAGUGAUUGUUAAAAGUCGAUAUUUUAAACUGUCCCAAGCAAUAGCUUUGUUAAACCCUCAUCUGCUCUGAGCCAAUGGAUGUGUUGAGAGGGGCUGGCCAGGUCUUUCAGUUGUGCUUCUCGGUGUAUCUGUGUUUUCCCAGUGGAAUCUGAAGCCCGGUGAGGUUGCUGCUCAUGUCCAGGGAAUCGUUUCAGAGGUGCCCUGAGCACGAGCUGGAUUUUGGAAAUACAAAAGGGGGAGGGAAUUAGUUCUGCAGUGCAUUCCCCAGGGAUGAUCCUCACUACCUCUAAAGGAAGGCUUUGGUGAGAUCCUGAUCCACACUCCCCCACAUCUCCCUUUGUAGCUGGAGUGUAAGAAGCAUGAGGAGAUGAGGUGUCUGGACUGAACACUCACAGUGUGAUAAUGACUCUAACUGGAUCCCCCUUCUCUGACCUUGCAAAUGUACAACUCCAUGUGCAGGAAAUUUAUUACUUCUCUCUGCUGCACCCUCAGAUUUGUUUGCAAGGUGAAUGCUCACUCUGUUUUAAAAUAAAAGGUUGUUUCAAUAUUGCAAUAUGGUGACUGAUAGUUGCUAAAGAAUCAGUGAAAAUCUUACUACUGUCCAAAGUACCUGAGUAAGUCAAUCAAACUAACUUAUAGCAUAAUCGCUUUUAUUUCUCUCUUCUCCUUAUUUUUUAAAUAAAGACUUAAGAAAUGUAAACUUACUUCUUUUUAAGGGCUUACAGCUGUUUCAUAGGAAUAUGCAUUCAGCCUAAGUAGCUGUAUUUUGGGGAGUGGGAGCUUUUUUUACUGCUUGCCAUGAGCUGAAGGAUAAUUGCAUGAUCCCUCAUCCGUUUGGUUUUUUUUUUCCUUAAAAAACUAAUUACUGGUAUAAUUAAAGGUCAUGAUUUUCUAGCUUCAUUUGGCAUUUGCAAGCCCUGGGAACCAGCUUUAUUCUUACUGCUUGUUGUUCUUUAUAGAUGAUUUGGGACAGGUGAUAUGAUGAGGAAGAUGAUGGAAGUGCCAGCAGGGAAAGGCUCCUGUCAGAGCUGGUGGUUUCCACUGCAGGGUGUUCUUUGGGUUUGAUUUCAGCUCUUGUUCUGUGUGAGGCAGAGGAUCCUCCAGCACCAUUUGUGUGAGCUCAGUCUGUCAGGAAUUCUGGGCAACUUCCACUGGUUGUUCAUUCCUGUGUGAGUUGGUUGUGUUGUUGAUUCUGGGAGUUAAGAGGGUGGGAAAAUCCAGUGGAUCGCAGGGUCACACUGCUUGAAUUUUGUGCCACAGCUGGAUCUUUCUGCAUGGCAAAGCAGAGUAAUCAUUUGGGACACAACUGCAGGACAGGUAAAAGAAGACCUCAGAGCAGAGACUGUAGAAAAAUGAUCUCCUGACUCACCAUAAAACUCUGGGAUAUAUUUCUUUCACUUCCAUAAUUUAAUAACUACUUUACUCUGGGCAAUUUAUAGACCCCACUGGCUUUUAAGUUGUGGUUCCCGGAGCUGUACUGAUCUCUUUGGUCAUUCGUAGGUAAACAAUUGUAAAUGUUUUCAGGUCGUUCACACACAGCAGAGAGGACCCAGAAUGAUUCUGAGUUUUGGGCUAUGGAAACAUAAUUUCACUUAACAGAAUCCCCCCCAUCCAGUCUUUCAUUAUCUUUCUGCAAAUAAGCUGAUUUUAGUGGGUAAUUAUGUUCUGUUUAUCUCCUGUAUAUAGUUCUCUAACUGGAAAUCACUUUCCAGAACAGCAGUUCUUAGUCAUUUUACUUACACAAGCUUAGUAUAAGUUUACCUCCACUUUCACUGUGACUUUUAUAAAUGGAUUUUGUUUUGCUGAAUUCUGAUUUGUAUGUGUCUAUGCAUUGUAACCCGUAAUGCCUUUGAAAAUCCAGCCUGGAUGCUAACGAUCAGGGUUUGGAAUUCUCUCCAAAUGUGUUUUGUUUAUAAUUCUGUUGAUGUGUGAUGUUCAAUACUGUGAGUACUGCAGUGUAUUAUUUCUUAAUACUUUUGACUUUUCAGUUCGGGUAAUAUAUAGUCUAUGUUUUUUUAUUUAAAACACAUAGAAGAAAAUGUGGAUAUAAAUUUGUGUUGUGCAAUAAAAGAUGAUUAUACUGAAAA